AAAAAUAGUAUCGUGGGCGCCUUCUCUUCUCUAGGUCUUGGCGAAUCCGAGCGCUGAGAGAAUUACCUCGCCGCGCGCCCCAUGGAUUUAGGAUCGCGGCAGCAUUUCCAGACGCAGCCGCCAGCGUCGUCGUCGUCGCCACCGCCACAGCCGCCGCCAGCGGAGGAGCAGCAGCACCAUGGAUUGGUGGACAUGGAAUCGAUCUGGACGGAGGAUUCAGCUGCCAUGGCUGCUGCUGCUGCCGAUGCCGCGGGCGUCGUCGUCGACGAUGCGUUCCAGAUGCCUCAUUUCCUGCUCCCUCCUCCCAAUCUCCCUCACAAUUUCGCGCAAAGCUGCCUCGCCAAUCCCGCGCAGGUGAUGACCGAGGAGCAGCUUGAGACGCUGCGGCGCCAGAUUUCGGUCUACGCCACGAUCUGCCAGCAGCUCGUGGAGAUGCACAAGGCAACGAUCUCACACCAGCACACAUACAAUGGCUUGCUUCUCGGCCACCAAUCUCCUGCCAUCCAGGACUCGUCUCCAAUGCUCCUGGGAAUCCACCACAAGCCAACGUCGCGGCAAAGAUGGACACCAUCGCAGAACCAGCUGAGGAUCCUCGAGAGGCUCUUCAAGCAGGGCAAUGGGACGCCAAACCGGCAAAGGAUCAAGGAGAUCACGAGCGAGCUGAGCCAGCACGGCCAAAUCUCCGAGACCAAUGUCUACAACUGGUUCCAGAACCGGAAGGCUCGAGCAAAGAGGAAGCAACGACACAACAAUGCGACCCCCUCCACGACCACCACCUCCUCGCAGCACAAGGACGCCGAAUCGGAAGUGGAGACCGAUGGAGAUCACUCGCCGGAAGAAAAGAGGAGCAAAGUAAGCUCGUCCACGCCGCAGCAGCAGCUCCAGAUGGAUCAAAGCAACACCACCACCGAAGCGAUUGGAACUCGCUACGCGGUCGUCAUGCUCAAUGGAAAGGCCUGGAAAGUAAAACCAGGGAGAAUCAACGUAAGGAGUAACUUUGGAGACAAUGCCGUGCUGCUAGAUCCGAGAGGUCAUGUGGUGGCCACGAGCGAGCAAGGCUUGACUUUAGAUCCUCUACAACCUGGUGGAAGCUACACGGUUGCUGUGUGAAUAAAUUACAACAAAGAACCAUAAACAAGAGCAUUGAUGUUUGAUCUCAUGGCUUUGCCAACU